AUGGCCAUCCCAAACCAAAAGCUCCAGCAGCUGCUGGAAGAGAUUGAGCAAAAGGCCAUGUUCUCGCAGCAGCAGAUCAACAUUGUCAAGUCCCAGAUGGCAGCCAAGAACCGGGAGAGUCGUAUGGUGCAGCUGACGGCAACGGAGCUGAGCAGUCUGCCCAAGGACACGAACGUAUACGAAGGCUGUGGCAAAAUGUUUCUGUGGAGCCCGUCGGACGAAGUGAAGAAACGGCUUGCGACGGAGAACAGCGAGCUCAAGGCAGAUGGCGAGAAUCUGGGCAAGAAGCUGCACUAUUUGGAGACGACGUACAAGAACAGUAAGGAUGGGAUCGAGAAACUGCUACGGGCUGGGCAAGGAGGGGCCUGA